AUGGAACAUAUCAAGACCCUAACGUAUGUAAGAGGAGUGAUGAUUCAUGAAGAGACCAGGCAGCGUACGUACUAUCAAGACGUUCUAGUAGACUGCAUGAGAGCUCUGGAAACCAUGAAGGUGCAACAGCAGAACAACGUGGGACCACGAGAAAAAGACUUGAUACUGCUGGGGAUCUUCCAUACGUCGAUGAACAUAAGCGAAACAAUAGGCUACUUCAAGCCCAAAGAUGUUAGUAAAGAGCGCAAGAGAUCCCGUAAUGUCUACUACAUCAGAAGCAAGAGGGUUUGCACCAAGACCUUUCGUUUCCUUCAUGUCAUCAGCAAGAAUAAGGUAAGUGCAGUGCAACAAUGGUACCGGGAGCAAUGGCUUACUCCACGGCGUAAGAAGUCUGGUGGUCGAGUUGAGUGUAAGAGAGUGUUGAGCUACGAGGAUACAAAACGAGUCUUCCAGUUCAUUGACAACUUUGCAGAGGCGAACGCACUUCUUCUUCCUGGUCGUGUCGCUGGAUUCAAGAGAGCAGAUCUUCGUCUUCUGCCAUCAACGAACUCGAAAGCCAGCAUUUGGAGGGACUACUACAAGCCAUCUAUGAAAAAAUUGGGUAGGCCAAUUGACCGGGUCGUUCUCUGUUCGGUUGAUGACUCCCAACAGUUUGCCUAGAAAACU